AUGGCGACCGAAAAGGCCAAUGAAGGCACGUUUGGUAAACACUUCGGCCUCUGGAGUGCCGUGGGCCUCGGAUGGAUUACUCUGAAUGUAUUUGGUGGCAUGUCCCUCAUCCUUGCUUUUGCUCUGUCUGCCGGCGGUCUUCCUGCCAUUCUCUAUGGCUUCAUCGGCUCGUCUUUCGCCGUAUUUUGCAUCAUCCUGACUUUUGCGCAAUGCGCUUCGCGAUACUCCACUGCUGGGGGUGCAUACCACUACGCGUGUUUCCUUCUGCCCGACCAAUAUAGGCGCUCCGUCUCGUACGUGCUGGGGUGGCUCAACUACCUGGGAUGGAUCUUCACACAUGCGGCUUGCUGCUCCAUUGUUGCUACUUGCACGAUGGCUCUCGUCAACCUGUGUGACCCGAGCUUUGAUACAUCCAUCAGAUGGCGCCUGUUCCUCGUCUACGAGGCCAUGGUUUUGCUCUGCUGGGGUGUUAACGUCUGGGGUCUGCGUGGAAUCCCGACACUAGAGCUCCUUGGAUCAACUAUUUUCGGGUUCAUUGCUUAUACUAUCCUCCUGCUGGUCAAGGCCCCCAAGGCCGAGCCUAGCUUUGUUUUUGUUGACACGACGAACGAUACUGGGUACUCGUCGAUGAGUACAGCGAUCUUUCUUGGGCUCUUCACCAGCUUCGCUACACUAAUGGCGCUUGACGGGCCUGCCCAUCUCGCGGAAGAGAUUCCCCAGCCCAAGAAGCUCCUCCCUCGCAUCAUGUUGAUUGUCAUUGGCUCUCAGUUUGUUGUUGGUGUCAUCUGGAUUAUUGUAUUGGGCUUCUCGAUCACCGACUUGGACGCCAUCUUGGCCACUCCUACUGGAAUCCCGACGCUCGAGCUCAUCAGGCAAGCCACUGGAGGAAAUGCCGCCUCCAUUGCUUUCUGUGUCAUCUUGAUGAUGAACAACGGGACGUCAGCCCUUGGAAGCGCCGUGACCAUGACUCGACAGGGCUUCGCCUUUGCACGAGACGGUGGCCUUUUCUGGAACAGCAAGCUGGUCGAAGUCACCCCUCGCGUGCACACACCCUUCUGGUCUAUCACCCUGCCAUCUAUCUUUGUAGCCUUAGUGGGAGUCAUCUAUCUCUUCUCGAGCGCGGCCUUCAACGCCAUCAUCGGUUCUCAAGUCGUCUGUAUGAUUAUUAGCUUUGGAUUCCCAGCGCUCAUCUUGCUUUUGACCUCGGGAAGGACGUUGCCCGCCAAGAAGGAGUGGAACUUUGGAGUUUGGUCCAAGCCCAUCUACAUCGUGUCUGUUCUCUACUGCGCACUUGUCUUUAUCGUCGCCUUUAUCCCACAAUCGCAUCCAAUCACCAGCUUGAAUAUGAACUACACUAUUCUAGUGAUGGGAGUGUUCAUGAUCUUCAUGACUGUAUCGUGGUUCUUGGAAGGCCACAAGCUUUUCAAACUACCAGUCUGUGAAGACGACGCUGUGUACGAGAGUGAUUUGAUCGACGGCGUUGUAGUUGACGCUGAGGCUGGCCAAGAAGUGACCAGCGUGGAAGUUAUAGGGGACAAAAGGUUGCUCGCAGUGUAA